AUGUCAAGCCCAGCAGCCAAACGUUUGCGGACCAAUACCAUUGGAGAUGCCCAGACAACUCAAGCCGAAAUCCCAUCAGCUACAUCUCAAGCAACAGCUACAUCUUCGCAAGCAACAGCAGAGAAAGCUAAGGAUCUUUUCGAGCAGCUUGAAAAGAAAGAGAUUCGCAGGCUUCUCAUUGACGCAGCAAAAGCACACCCAGAUGUGCUACUCGGGAUGGAGGAUUCAAUCAAAGCUGCGAUCGAACGCGAAAAAGCCCGUGUUAUCAAUUUUGACCAUCAUUCGAAAAACGUUUGGUGGUCAAUCAACUGUGAGCACAGCUCUAAGCGCGGCUCGGCACAGUAUGAAAUGGCGUACGAUGUUGCUCAGGGUGUGGAAGACACCAUUGUGUCUAUUGUAAUAGAGUGUGGCCCCAACUCAAGCUUCGGGACGCGCGUGAACGGUCUCUCCGUGCUUCGCAAGAUUGAAAAGACGAUCGCUCUUUCUGAAGGUGACACGAUUGCACAUGAGGUCAAGAACAGUUUCCAAUCGAAUACUGUUCUCACGCGUGGAAUGAUGAAGAUCCUCAACACGAUGGAGCGCAGUGAACUCGAUUCUAUUUUGAAGUCAGAUUUGUACGAAAAGCUGGUGGAUUUGGACGAGUUAUCAGAUGGCUACUGUCUUUUCGAAGGACUGGCCGAGGUGCUGUCCAAAACUCUUGGGGAAGAUGGAAAAAAAGCAGGAAGAGCCAGAAAAAUGCGGCGAAGGAGAACCAGAAGUCAUCGUCCUGGAAUAGCAGGCUCAUGUCAAUCAGGAGAGAGAAAUGCAAAAGAACGUAAUGUCCUACUCAGCGGUAAACCGAGACUCUUGAUCUCUGGCGGAACGGGCUUUGUAGGAUCGGCUAUCACUCGAGCUCUUGUCAAAAAGUAUCCAGCAUGGGAUUUGACCGUCAUUGAUCAAAAUCCCCCAAGCGCUAAACAUGAGCUUCCGGGGGGUGUCUCAUAUCGGCAGGUUGAUAUUACAUCGAUCGAAGCCGUGAAGAGUGCAUUUGCGGCUGUGAAUCCUCAUGUCGUUGUUCACACCGCUGGAAUCAUCCCCGGGCUGGCUGAGCGGUUCCGUCGCCGAAUGCAAUCGAAAGUUUGGCAGGUCAACGUCGAAGGCACACGAAACAUGCUUCACGAAAGCAAACAGACCGGCGUAGAGGUCUUUGUGUACACCAGCUCUUGCUGCGUGGUAACCGAUGAUACGCUCAGUCCAUAUCCCAAUGUUGACGAAGAGUGGCCUUCCUCACUCAAGUCAACCAUCUACGGAGAAUCCAAGGCUGCUGCAGAGGCACUAGUGCUCAAGGCCUCGAACAGUGAGAUGUCUACCUGUGCCCUGCGGCCAUCGGUCCUCUGCGGGCCAGGAGACUGCCAACUGCUGCCACCGAUUCACGCAUGCAUUGCCAAUCACGAAACGGCCUUUCUGAUUGGGGACGGACUCAACCUGUGGGACAUUACGCAUGUCGACAAUGUAGCAGACGCGCAUGUCCUCGCCAUCGAGAAUCUCCUCUCGACUCGCACUGCCGCCGGCGAAGCGUUCUUUAUCCAAAACAACGAGCCUAUCACAUUCCGUGACCUCUGUUUGGCAAUUUGGGCACAUUUUGGGCACAUUCCACCUUUUCAAGUACGUAUUCCACAGACUAUGGCGUAUCUCGUUGGGUUGGCGUGUGAGACUGUCACCUGGGCUAUGGGAUCGACGGCAACUUUGAGCCGUGGGAGCGUCCGAGAUGCAUGUGCCGUUCGAUAUGCCAGUGGCGAAAAAGCCAAAGAAAUCCUGGGGUAUGAGGCCCGCAUCGGCAUCGAAGAGGCCAUCCGUUUGAGUUGCGAGGUAAGUGACCGGUGGAGUUUCCUUCUGUCUAGCCAUACUCACAGCCCCAGGAUUACGCCUCUCGUCUGCUACUUGCUCAAGAUCAAACCCCCGAUGUCACAAGGGACGCAGGGCCCCUGUCCACCCUGCCUGGAGAUUCAGAUAAAGUUCACAUGGGCAAUUGACGGGGAUUUUUAA